AUGUACCUGAAGCUGCUGUUCUGCCUGCACUUUUUGGUACUUCUCACAAUGUGGGUGAAAGUCGGCGGUGAGCUGCUGGUCGACGAACUGCGCCUCGAAUGGACCUUCUAUCGGUCGCUGAAGCUGCCCAACGCCUAUCCAUGGGAAUACGUCUGGUGCUUCUCGUUCAUUCCAACAAAUUUAUUGCGUUAUCACUAUUACGGGCAAUUCAUACUGGGCAUUUUGCCCUGUGCCAUCGGACUUGGUGGACAGUUCCCGGAGCUGAUUGACUAUUUGCGUGAUAUGAAGAACAGCCAGUCGCCAACAUUCCGAGGCACUUUUCCAAUGGUCAUCAUUUGGUACAUAUUCUUUGUUAUUGCAUUACAGAUUCAUAUUUUUGCAAUGUAUUUUUCAUAUAAUUUGGUCGCAGCUUGGCAACCGCCCAAAAAAAAGGAAUGA